AGACGGAGGGAGGCGGCGGCGGCAACAGCAGCAGCAGCAGCCAGAGCCUCGCUCGCUCGCUCGCCGGGGACACUCGGCGGGCACGUCUCGGUCUCCUCCUCCGUCGCUGGCGGCUCCUCCUUCCCUCCCUCCCUCUUCGGUCUGCCGUGCAACAGUUUUCCCGAAGUUGCCAGAGGGCGGGGAAGGGAGGCAGUUGCGGGAGCCGGAGGGGGCACUUGCUGGGCGCGCAGGAGAUGCCCGGAGAAGGCGCUGCCGUCGUAGCUGCAGCUUCCCCCUCCUCUUCGCCUCCGCGGUGUUUCCUGGGCCGGCGGCUGCCCCGCGCUUCGACAGCAGCGCCUUCUCCUCGUGGGCCGGAGCCUGCCAUGUCCCGCUGAAGGCCGGCCGGCCGGCGGCUGGGCACCAUCCAGCAUGGGCGCCAAGCAGACCAAGGGUUGCCCGCUGCCCGGCAGCCCCCAGGCCGCCGCCUCGGCCGCCCGCCAGAGGAUGCUGCCGUCGCCCCGGGAGCGCGGCGACUUCCUGGCCUCCCUCGUCGUGCGAUCCGGAGAAAAGUUUGGCAAGGGGGGCGGUGGCGGAGGGGGCGGCGGCGGUCUCCCCCCGUAUCACCGCCGGAUCGGCCUUAUCCAGGACAUGCUGGGGAUGGUCAAGCAAGGCAAGCAGGAGGAGGCCACCGACCUGCUCAAGCACCUGCGCCAGGUAAGAGGGAUGGGGGUCGGGCGACCGAAGCGCCCUCCACCGGGAAGCUUCGGCUUCGCAGCCCCCACGUGCCCGGGGAGGCGGAACUGGGGGGCACCUAGAUGCUCCGCUUCUCCCUCUCCCUGUCCCUGUCCCUUAAUGGAAUGGAAGCCAACCUCCCCCCACCUCCCACCCCACUUGUCUGUCCAGGAGGGUCGCGAUCAGAGCCGAGGGCAAGCGGGCGAGUUUCGCCUGGUUCGUGGAAGGUUCGCUGGUCUUGGAAGGGAAAUUGUUGGUCUGAUGGGUUUGGUGAUUCCUCUGGAGCCUCCUCAGGGCAGAGCCUUCCUGGGGGGGUUGCCUGACCACGAAUGAGGAAGAAGGGGGUUACCCCAGGAGGAACGUCUUGGCUCUCCUUGGGGGCCUUUCCAAGACCCACGGAUGCUUUUAAGCAGAGUAUAUCCUAACGCUUAGCAUAUGAUCUAAUCUGGACAAAAGGGGCGAUGCUGCUCCUGGCAGGUGUCAUGCAACAGAGGGUUGGGGUUGGCUUGUGUCUUGGCCCCAAUUACCAACAUUUCUUGGACUUGUGGACUCUUGUCCCUUAACCUGCACUUCUGGUUAAGGGCUUUGGUGCUCCCUUGAUUUAUGCCUUGGAAGCCUCCAUCUCCCUCAAAUGAGCUCUGGGAUGGGAGGCUCCUCCUAUAGGCUCUGCUCCUGCAAGGGGGAAAUUUAUGGCUGCCAGACCACUUCAGCCAACUCAUUUCUCACAUGCCCCACAUCUGACAUCUUGUAGGACACGCAGGUAAAAACUUGGCUCACCUGAAAGGGUGUUUGGAGGUAGCUUCCAGUCAGAAACCCUUUGCAAAGCACUCUGCAAGACCCCUGUGGACAAAAAGGUCACCUGACAUCAUUGUGCUGUCACAUGAGCAACUCCACCCACCUGUCAAAUUUGGUCCCUGAAUAUAAUGAUUUGGCCUGCGUUUUUCUCCCUCCCCCCAACACAAAGCAUGUUGUAAACAAGGAUAAUUUGUGCACCAGGGCCGUCUGUGCCUGACACCUGACUUGGAGGGUGGCCUUGAGCUUGUUUAAUGACUUCCUGUUUAGUGAUUUCCACUUCUGCAAAUUGUGGACAGAGGUGGCUGUCCCACUCUCUCCUGAAUUGGACUUGUUUACGUUUCCUUCCUGGUUUGAGGAAAUAAAACUGCCAAGUGGUGUGAAAACCGGUGUGAGACUGAAAGUGGGCGAAGUGCCAUGGCAAGCGAGUCCGCACCAGGCCCUUGUUGACAGGCUCUGCCAAGGGAAGCUGCUGCUGCUGCAGCCUCAGAUUCACAGCCAGGCUCCAGUUUCUGCUGCGUGAGAUUUCAUCUUCUUCUCCACAGAGAGAUCUGAGUGGGAUUCUCCUCUUCUCUCUUCCUCUCUGAGGAGCCAUUUCACAGAAGCUGAAGCCCGAGCAGAACCAUGCUGAAUCCUGAAGGGGAGAGUCUUUUGCCAGCCACCGUCUCCUUCCUCUUGCUGGGAAUGGGGGCUUCAAGGGGGAAUUAUCUGAAUGAAGUUGGGAGCUUCCCUUCUGGCUCUUCCGUUGAGAUAGGGGCAGGAUGUAGAGUUUUGAUAGGCAGCAGAGGAGGCUUCUUAAUUCAAGAAUAUACGGUAAGUGUGUCCUGACUGACACAACUGUAGCCUGAGCCAGUUCUGCUACUCAAACUUCCUUCCUUCAGUUGACUUCUCCAGUCUUAAAAGACCAAGGACGAAGCCUUGCAAGAUCAUAGAGUCAUAGAGAAUUAUAGAGUUGGAAGGGACCCUGAGGAUCCUCUAGUCCAACCCCCUCCAGUGCAAGAAUAUGCAGCUAUCCCUUACAUGGAUUGAACCUGCAACCUUGGCAGACCAUCCUGGUGGCCAAAGCGGGGAGGGAGCCUCAUGUUCCUUGCCAUGAGAACCGUGAAGAGUUUGGGCCUUUGUGGGCUUGGGUGACACUACUAUGGAGGAGAUGGGCUCUUUGAACUUAUGACCGUGGUGCUUGAAAUGGGCUUGUGGAACACGUGAGCAUCUUUCUGGCCCUGUUAGAGCCAGAGAAAGAGCAACAGACUCUCUCCCACCAAAGAGGCAGGUAGGCAGCACAGCUGUGCCAGUGGCUUAUGAUAAACAGGUGUCUUCCUGUGGCUGCUUGUGGGCUGGAUGGUGGUGAGCAUCUAACACCCCCCCCGGCCCACAUCUGACCCACUCUUUUAAAGAAAAGGAGAUGUGUGUGGCUGUGGCAGUGGAACUGGCCACUCGUGAGAGAUGUGGUCCCUUCUGGCUAGGGGCACAGAGCCCUCUCCCUCCCAAUGGCCACUGCACCUUCACAGUCUGUGAUCCAUGCAUGCAAGAUGGGGAUUCCAGAGAGGCUGGAUGGACGGUGUGUGUUUGGGCUGCAGGGUUGGGGAAGGGAACUCCAGCCCUAUUGGCUGAGUUUGCUGAGGUUGGAGGCAAGCUGCCUGCAUGUUUGGUUGCAAAGGCUGGCCAGCCAGCGCAUUUCAGCGGUGGUGCGCAAAGGCUUUCUAGUAAUUGAGUUACAUUUGUUGAAAAUUAAUUAAAGGCAGGGAGGGAGACUGGGCCGGCCUCGGGAGCCUUGCGGAGGACUUGGCGUGUUUCGUUGCCAGAGGAAGAAAGGCACGUGCGCCCAGGAGGGGGAAGGGGAACAGCCUCCAGCUUUGUGCGCAGCUAUCGUGCAAGUUGCCUUAUGGGAACGCAGCGUGUUUAUGCUAAUUUUAUGCUAGUUAACUUGCAUGGCUCCUUGUCCCUGAAAGAAUCCUGGGAAUGGCAGAGUCUGAUCCCCCUGCCCCCCCCCCCCGUUUUCUCCAGGAGGGGGAAUAGCUCUUAAGCGGCUUUGCUUCCUGGGUGUCAUCACGUACCCAGAGGGAGACUGCUCAGCUCUGAAGGAAACUCAGCCAGAAAGUGAAUGGAGACAGUUGGAGUGUGUGUGUGGGGUGCCCCAUUGUGGCGAGAAGGUGACAGCGGGUGGAUGAGGGGAGGCAAGGGGGUCAUCUACAUGUCCUAGUCACCGCACUGCCAAAGUCUUCCUUUUCCAGAAGUGAGCUCAGCUCAGAAAUGGCUGGCAUGGGCUGCCGCCUCUUGGUCGCUCCUUCAGAGGAUCAGACUCUGCCUUGUUUCUCUCUGUUGGUUUCUUCUUGUGGGUUUCUAUCCUGACCUUCAUUAAACCUUUCCACAUAAACACAUGCAGAGCUAUAAUAAGACCCCAACCAAUUAAAAAGUAUUAAAGUCCAUAGAAAAUCCCUUUGGCAGGAGACACCCCAGUGGCUUCCUUGCCAAGCAGAGUCUUCCGCCACCAGCCUCCCAGAAGGGUGGUGCUGGGCCUGUUGGCUGCUAUAUUCUUCCUUUCGUAUUCAGGGCACGAUUUCCCCCACCUGCAAACAGUCCAUAUAUUGAUCCUUCUGUGUGACGGCCUAAGCUCUCUUAGGCUUAGCUGGUGGAUCCAAUGGAAAUCUUUUCCCAAGGACAGCCUCAGAAAUGGGUAGCCCAGUCUUUGGGGUGCUUUAAGGCAGCAGCAGCUGCCGCCUGGAUUGUGUAGAAAAGAGAUUUGCUGGGGAGUGGGAAGCUGUCUCUUAAAGUUUCUUUCUGUUUUCCAAGCUCCCAGUAGCAGGCAAGUCCCUCCCCCCCACCUCACCCCCACCUUGCACAAUUGCCUUCCCCAUGGCUAACAUGCCAGCCUUUUGCCAUGGCAGUGGACAGAGCGCACCCCUUCCUGGGUCUGUCUGUGGAGCUGUCUUGUGGCUGCUUGAGAGGUGAGUUUGGUGCGAGAGUCUGUCAUUAACUCCGAGCUGUUCCAUACCUGCUGCGCUUGUAUUCUAUCAUUGCUGAUUUCUGGGCGUUGUGUGUGACAACCCCCACUUCUAAGUCAAUUGACUGAAAAGCCUUGCUUCACCAUUCGCUUUGGGCUUGGAAGCUUUCUCUCUCUGUGUGGGGAGUGUACGUGUGUCCAGGGAGAAGGGAUAGUGCCCUGGAGUUGUAAGCCGGUCUGGGAGCAUAUUCCAGAUUCCUGGCUCUGGCAGGAAUCUCCAGUUCUGGCUGAGUUCAGCAGCUCUGCUGGCACCUGGGGAGAGAGGCUUAACGGAGAGCAGGUGGAAAAGCUGCCUUUCCAGGGCAUUUUGUGGGGUCUUGACGCACCUUUCCUGCUCUCAGCUAGGCACUGUGUGUGUGCACGCUUGUUCGUGCAUACAUGAUAUGUGUGUUGUACACACCCUGCAUGCCAGUAUGUAAACCGGCUUAUCCCUCUUUGCCAAGGAAUGAAAACAAGCUCACUAAGAAUCUGGGCUUAUUGAACCUAGAGGAAGAGGAGGAGAUCUUUCAUUUGGCUUCUCCAUAGUGUGAGGUGCGGGGGGACGGGGACAGGCUCCUCAUUUUCUGUGCUCUUGCAAAUAAUACCUUGCAAAUAUAUUUGUCCUUUUUGGAGAAGCAAGCUUUUGGGGAGGGCGAGGAGUGUAGGAGAGGCCCCGCCCGCCUCUUUGCCUGCACUUGGGCGGACUGCCUCCCCCACCCCGCCCGUAAUCCAUCUUGGCUUAAAUGAUGCGAAAUUGCAUUUGGAGCAGGGGGCUGCGUGGGAGAGAAGAGGCGAUGAGGGAAGAGCGAAAGCCAAGGGCAGCCAUGUGUGAGCGGCGAGGAUAAUGGAAAGCUCAGGGACGGGGAGGUCUGGUGCACAUCCAGUGGUGGAGACGGGAGGUCAAAUCCUGCAAGGGGAAGCAGAAGGAAAGGCUUGUGCCCAGAGAGUCAGCUGGAGCUCCCCAGACAGGGCAAGCUUGCUGCUGAUGGGCCAGGGAGCAGCUAACCCUUUGGCUCUGUGUGUGGCAGCUUAUCAGCUGCUCAAAGGAGGGGGAGUUGUGCUACCUGGGCAUGGUGGGGGUGCCUUGGGCUUUCCGCCAGCCAGCCAUGGCUGAGCUCCAGAACUGCUUUUCCCCAUGCUGGGGCUCAUCCAGUGAGGGAAGCCCAGCGACCUGGCCUGGGCAGGUGUGAGGGUUCUGGUCUUCCUCCCUUCUGCAGGGUUCUCAUUUCUAUAAUUUCACACAAGCACACCCCACACACUUCAACGCUUGGGCUUCCUUUUGGAUGGGAAAGUGCAGCAUGGCCAGUAGCAACCUGCAGGACAAUACAGUACAGUGGUACCUCGGGUUACAUACGCUUCAGGUUGCAGACUCCGCUAACCCAGAAAUAUUACCUCAGGUUAAGAACUUUGCUUCAGGAUGAGAACAGAAAUCGUGCAGUGGCGGCGCAACGGCAGCAGCAGGAGGCCCCAUUAGCUAAGUGGUGCUUCAGGUUAAGAACAGUUUCAGGUUAAGAACAGACCUCCAGAACGAAUUAAGUUCUUAACCCGAGGUAUCCCUGUAAUCGCAAGAGGAGAAAAGGAGAGAGAGAGUGGGAAAGGUGCUUUGCUUUGCAUUUGGUGCACAGGAUUCCAAGAGGCCUUGAGGCAUGUUCAGAGCUCCUUCCCACAUUUGAACAUGGCAGGGUAGGUGUGGUGGCUUGUUAGUAGGAGGCAUUGGGCACAAGCAGACCUCUGCUAACACAGAAAUAGUACCUCGGGUUGAGAACUUUGCUUCAGGAUGAGAACAGAACUUGUGCGGCAGCAGCGGGAGGCCCCAUUAGCUAAAGUGGUACCUCAGGUUAAGAACAGUUUCAGGUUCAGAACGGACCUCUGGAACGAAUUAAGUUCUUAACCCGAGGUACCACUGUAUUUCUAGGGGCAAGUGCCCCCCCCCCCACAGGUGAGAAGAGAACUUCCCAUCAAAUGCAGAGUGGCUUUUUGUGGAUGGUGGGUUGGAGGGGGGAAGGUUGGUGGCAGCAGCAGCCUCGGUGGAAAGGAGAACUUUGCUGCUGCCUCUGCCACAGCACAGAGUCCCAUCUUGCUCCCUCUACACACACACACACACACACACACACACACACACCCCUGGCCGGAAGCGGCACAGCUGCCUCUGUUGCCCUCCCACCCGCUGUGCUGCCUGAUGGAGGGAUCCUCUUGGCAGUCUUCUGCUUCCUGCUCCGGCUUCCCAGCCAGUUUCUCUCUGCUGAUGCUGGGGGAGGGGCAGCGCUGAUUCUCCCCCUGCUUUGUUUUCUCUCUGAUGAGUCUGUGUGAACCAUUGGGCGGGAGCCCCUCUGCAUCUGCUUCCCUGUGCCUCUUCCUUGGCUCUCCUUGGCUGUGGGAGGAACAGAAUAAUGACCCCGGGAGCUGUUUCUGCAGAGAGAGGAGGAAGAUUUCAGGGGGUGUGGUGUGAGAAAUAAAAGGAUCUGAAUAAUAAGAGCAUUGAAAGCAGCGAACCUUGUCCUCCCUGCUCCUAAGAGAAAGAGAGAGAGAGCUCUUCCCCCUGACCCUCCCUUACUGACUUCCACUUUCCAUGUAAAGUGGUACCUCAGGUUACAGACGCUUCAGGUUACAGACUCCGCUAACCCAGAAAUAGUACCUCGGUUUAAGAACUUUGCUUCAGGAUGAGAACAGAAAUUGCGUGGCGGUGGCAUGGCGGCAGCAGCUGGAGGCCCCAUUAGCUAAAGUGGUGCCGCAGGUUAAGAACACUUUCAGGUUAAGAACGGACCUCCGGAACGAAUUAGGUUCUUAACCCGACAUAACACUGUAGAUCUCUUUCUGACCUCCCCACCUGGACCCAGGAGGGGGCUGUACCACGUGCCGGUUGCGAGUGUGACUGUAGCUCACUCCCAAAUCUGCUCUUGUGGCAGUCUUUUUCUGCUUUAGCCUCCAGCUUCUCCCAAAGGGAGAGAUUUCUAAACUGGGUUGGCACUGACAACGAGUGAGUGACUGCAAUGCGUGGGUCAUUUGGAGGCUGAGUUUGAGGGGGGGAGAGACGGGCCCACCUACCGCACCCUGUGAUCCAGUAGUCGCAGUUGGGGAUGGGUACAAGGAGCAGGCAUGCAGCCCCUGGAGAGACCUCCUGUAGCAGCAUUUAAUAGAAUUAUCUGCUGCUGCUGGGGACAAUUUUCAGCAUGGGGCAGGUGGGAGUUGGGUGCCUUAAGCAAAAGUGGGGUUGGACAGUGUGUGUUUCCAGCUGUCUCGGAGCCCUGGACUGGAAGGUUGCUGCUGCCUCACAUAAGGAGCCCCAAAGGAGUUCAAGUUGCUCUGGAUCUUCUUCCAAGGAAAGGGCUGCCCUAAGAGCCAGAGGGCAAGGACCCAGGGCCUGGGAACCGGCAGGCAGCUACUAGCUCCCCCUUCCUGAGCCCUCAGUUGUGCUGGAUGGGCCCAGAGAACAGCCGGGAGUUUGGAAAAGGGAUAUAGGAGUGAGGAGUCUGUUAAAGUGGGUAAAUGUUGGGGAGUCAAGGGAUUCACUGUGGGAGCCUGGCACUUCUAGUGGGAACAGCAGCUGCCCAUUUGGAGAAACAAACUUUGCUACAGCAUGAGGAGGAGGAAGAGGAAGUAAAGUAGUUAAAAGAGACAGAAAAGGACAGAGUUUCAGUGGUGGCUGGAGUUGUUGAGACAGAAGGAAGUUUGAUAGCUGUUAUAAUUCCUAGGGUUGUCACAUAAUUGAAGUUUUUGAGCUAUUUUUAAGGAAAUUCACCAAAAAAUCAACACUUCCGACAUGGGUUGCUAUAUGUUCAGGUUUUCCUGGACAUUUUCUACCAAUUUUCAGAAAUUCUGCCCGGAUGCUAUUUUCAAUGGGCAAACCCCGUAUCGUUUGAGAAAUCCCAGUUGUAUGGCAGCCCUAUACAGUAUUUGCAUACUGAGUGUGUUAAUGGGAAUUGGAAAAGUUUAUGGGGACGAUAUGGAGUGAAAUAACAGCUUUCCUGUAAUCAGGUUGUGGUAGCCCCACGGGUGGUCAUUUCGGUGUGGGGAAAGGUGGAAGAAGUGGAGAACUGGGAGGGCUGGGCUGUUAAAAGGAUGUGGGAAUGUAAAUUCCUCGUCUCUAGCUCCCCAAAAUAGUGGGUGCUGCUCCCAGGAUGUCUUCACAAGCUAAAGAGUCUCUAGAACAGGAAUCCUUAAAAUCCUGCCCGUCAUGACUCAAGGUCAUCUGACCCCACGACUGCUACCAUCUUUAAUCAUGGUUCCACCAUGAUCACCUCCCUUCGAGGUCAGGUGCUCAGACGCUAAAAUGUGAAUCCCUUGAGAGGCAGGCAAGGGUUAUUUUAAUGUCUGAGAUAAUGUCUGAGAUAAUGGGGAAAGUGUCCAGGCCAGUUUCUUAGUGAGCCCAAUGUUUCUUAAGGUAGGACUUUCUUGUCCUAUGGGACUUCUGAGCAGGAGAGCUCCUAGGAUCCAUAUCUUUGAGUCCUGCUGCUCUUGCUCUGUCUCUGUUCAGGCCCAGAGGCACCAAGGACUCACGGCCACUUGAGUCAUAUGCCCAGACAGUCGGCAUUCAUCUCGGGGGGGGGGGGGAUCCUUGAUGUGACAGCUCAGAAGAAGCUGACACUAUUUUGGAAAGGCUUGCAGUUUGGCCUCGAGAGAAUUACCUGCAGCUCUGUUUUCACUGGGAUAAAAUGCUCCUCUCCCAAAUUUUGCCCAGACUGACAUCAGUCAUCAGUGCUGUCUUCUGGGUGAUGGCUUUGGCAAGGCUUGGCGCUCACUUGGUGUCAUCUAUCCUUCUUGAUGGGCAUUUUUUAUUUUGGAUGGGGAUGGGAAAGGCCUUGCAUUCUGUUCCCCACCCCCCACCCCAAGGUCCAUUGACUUGUGGAGAAACCCGGGUUUCUGGAGCCCUUAUCCAAGUUGUCGGGUCACUUAAAGAUUUGCUUCCUGUUUGUGGAACAAAGGCAGUGUGUCAGCUCUGUUGCUACAUUAUUUGCUGUUGCCAAAUUCGACAGAAAUGGUCAGUCGCUGUUGCUCAACUGAUGUCUGUGUCUGGCAGUUCCUUCUCUUUCUUUGCAUAUUCUGCCCAAAAGAUGCUCUGUGUGUUGCACGUUUCAUCUCAGCUUUGGAACAAGAGUGUCCUCGUUUCUCUCUCUUCUUGUUGUGACUUUCUGUUGUGGUUGCAAAUGACUUGCUUGAAGCUGCCCCUGUGGCCUUGGCCCAUUGUGCAGCUGAAGGUGGUUCAGGUGAAGUGGUCCCGGCUUCCCAGCCACUGAAGCCCAUUCCAGUGACAAAUUCUAUGGUGGGGUGGUAGACUGAUGAUACAUGUGGACUAGCCCACGAAAGGGCCCAACCACCAAGCAAACUGGCAUCUCUCUCUUAUGCUAUUUGAAAUGGCUUGUUGAGUCUUUUUGCUGGAGAGCAAAAAAAAAGGGGCAUGUGAUCACCUCCACCAGCACUUUAACAAGUUGAUGAUCUCUGGAGUGGGAAGAGACCCCUCUGCAUUUCAAGCACUCUCUCUCUCUGCCUCAGGAACUCCCUGAAUUCCUUUUGCACACAGAGUGGGUAUUUCUGCAAAUCACAAGGUGGAGUUUACUUCAUGCACAGAGAAGCAGUGCGGGUGCAUGGUGCUCUUGCUAUGGGGGUAUUUGCACAAAAUUCCUUGCAGGAAAUGCAAUAAAAGGGGGCUGCUGAGAGUCCUUGCACAGAAGGGGGUUUCACUCCUCAGUGUUCAGAACAGAUACAGGAGCCCAUUGGCACAGGCCCUAAACCACCUUCCUUCCUCCCCUACUUCCCCCUGUUUACUGGGGAGGUUUGUUAACAGCCGUCUUGGUUGAUAGAUAGCCCAGUGUGCUCAGCUGGGAGGCAAUUUGCCCAGUCAAGUCAGACUCUCAGUGACAGACUGUGCCAGGGAUGAGCUCAUCUGGCUUGGAUGCUGCUCUCACUUGGGGAGGUUUCAACUAUAGGGUGGGGAGGGGAAGCAUCACUGUGCUGCAGCAAUUUGGGGCUUGUGUGUGCGUGCGCUGAAUGCUCAUUUCAAGAUGGGAGAGGGGCAGAAUUUUAUGGGCUCUGUGUUUCAGAACAUCCCCUAAGGGAUCCAGAAGUGCUCACAGUGACAUGAUGCAAUUGCUCCCCCAGCAACCUCCACUUGAUCCUGGCUGGUUUUCAAGUGUCAAUGGGUGGCUUUGCCAGACUUGAUGGCUCACCUUCCUUCUCCAGCUGACAGGGCUGGCAGGAGUUCAGUUUCUGACACCCUGUUCCAUCCAACCACUGCUCAGGUCACACAUUGGAAUGAAUGAAAAUUGGGGAAGCAGCAGGUUCCCCAGAGCAGCAUAAGGGAUCCCAGGCAGAAAUAAACCUUUUUGGUUGCGCUGACGAGGUUUCAUAUUGUUGUCUCCCACCUACCCACCAAGACCCCUUCUGUGGGAAGGAACACCCACCCACCCUCCUCCUGUUUUCAAAAGUUAGAGUGGAGAUGCAGUUGAGCAAUUGGCCUGAAUCUGUGUGGGGCUGCUCCCCAUUGCUGCCUGUGCCUGCGGUUCUGCCCACCUAGGGACCUUUCCCUUUCAGAGGGGCCUGUUCAAAUCUCCUCUUGCAAGUGGAGCUGCCAAGGAGUGAGGGAGCAGAAGUUGGUCCAGGGCCAUGGGGGCAUCAAUGUGACCCACCUGGCUGGUUGAGCAAUGUGGAUGAGUGGGAGGAAAACUCACCCUUCCCUCCUUGACCCACACAGCCCUACAAGUCCACUCGACCCAUCAGGUGCCUCAGCAAACAGUUGGCGUGUGAGGAAGAGAGUCAAAUGACCUCUGCUCCUUCUCCCACUUCAGGGGUGCUCUUACACCAGGGGUAGGCAACCUAAGGCCCGGGGGCCAGAGGCAGCCCAAUCGCUUUCUCAUUCUGGCCUGCGGACGGUCCGGGAAUCAGCGUGUUUUUACAUGAGUAGAAUGUGUGCUUUUAUUUAAAAUGCCUCUCUCGGUUAUUUGUGGGGCAUAAGAAUUCAUUCAUUUCCCCCCCAAAAAAUAUAGUCCGGGCCACCACAUGGUCUGAGGGAUGGUGGACCAGCCCAUGGCUGAAAAAGGUUGCUGACCCCUGUCUUACACUUAUGCCCAGAAUGCAGCCUUCUCAUUGGGGGCAUCUGGGUGGCCACUGAAGAGAGGCCUUUGGCCUGAUCCAGCUGGCACCUCUUAUCUACUUAGUGGUGCCCAUCCAGACUUAGGCAGCUUCUCGGGUCAAGACAGCCCCAACCCUAAAAUCCUCAAAUACUGGGGUAUGGUGGGGUAGUGGCCUUGUAGUGCAGCCUUCCUGAACGUUUGGGUGUCGGCUCUGGGUGCGAUUGCAGGGCUGUGGCUGCUGGCAUUGUCCAGUUGCUGAAGUUUGCCUGGUUUGCCUGGGCACUCCAAGGUGCCCUCCCACCUGACUGGCUUUGCUCCUUUGCAGGACCUGGGCAUGGAGUCAACUUCGCUGGAUGACGUCCUGUAUCGCUACGCCAGCUUCAGGAACCUAGUUGAUCCAAUUACCCAUGACCUGAUCAUCAGCCUGGCCAGGUACAUCCACUGCCCCAAACCGGUGAGUGCUUGGUGGGGUUUGCUUUGGGCUGUUGAAAGGAAGAGUGAGAAGCUGGGGGCAGGGGGGCGAUAGCUGCUGCUUCCUCCUUCUCAAGAGGAGGCAUGUUGUGGGUGUGUUCAUAAGCUCUGGACUUUGAUAUUCCAAAGUCUGGCCAUGUUGACUGGGGUGGGGUGGGAGGGAGAGUUACAUGCCCAGUCCAGAGUCAGGCAUUGCUGGCCCCUCUCCUUCUCUUGCAGUCAUUCCUACAUUUUAUUACCGUUUAAAAGAGCAAAACAUGCAGAAGAGGCAGCCUGUUUGGGGCUGGGGAAGUGACACCCAACUACACCCCUCCCCAUCCCUCAAAGUCCAAGUCUCCUCUGCAGCAGAGUGCGGCAUGUUAACAUGAUUGGCAGAAGCUGACAAUUUUCUGCCAUGAUAAACUUCAUUAGUGGCAUUGCACUAAGUUUUGCUCAGACUAGCUCUACUGAAACGAAGGAGCAUGACUAAGUGAGGUCCGUUCAUUUCCGUGAACUCGGCCCAGUGUCCCCCAUGCACUCCUCAAGGUGACGACGCACCUGCCUCCCGGCUGCCCCCUCCUUGUCUCGCCUUCCUCUCCCUCCAGGCAGCCUUUGCUUAUCGCUCCCUAUAAUGGGAUUAGAUUUCUCCUGGGAGAUUUUCACAGACAAGUCUUCAGCUGAUGAUGGCAGUCUCUUGAGAUUUCUGGGUUACUCUCUGCAGCUGCAUCUGAUGGGAGGGGAGAUGCUUUUUUGCUCUUCUGAUGUGGGGGAGGGAAGUUCAGAAGAGUCUACGACUUUCUUCUCCUUGGCUUUGUUCUUCCUGCUUGCUCAGGGCUGGGCUCAUUCUUGGCUCGGCUCCUCUCCUGGGGGAGACAUGCCUCCAUUUCUUGCCUGUCCAUAAGCCACAGCCUUCCACACCUCCCUUUGUUACUGUAGCCACUCAGCGCUGACCGACAUACAUCCAACACCCAUGCUAAUACCAUUUCCAGGUUUCCCCCCCAAAGGUCUUGGCCCUGACCAUUGGUCAGCCUUACCCAGCCUUGGCCUCCAGCUUCCACCAUCCCUGGCCAUGCUGGCUGGGGAAGAUGGGAGGUCCAGGUUGGGGAAAGCUGCUGCAGAUGGACUGGAAUUUCCAAGGGUUGAUCCCUCUGACUCCAGCCUCUGAAGGUUGUGGGUGAAUCUUUGGUCAACCAGCCGCUGCCCUUGGGAGCCAACCUUGCAGGGUUGGUUGUGUGUUCCAGGGCGAGCUCCCUGCCAGUGAGACAUCUCUCUACACAGGCACCCACAGCCUUCCAGAUAAGCUGAUGCAGUCUACACGACCCUUAAAAAAACCCCCAACAAUAAUGUUUUCAGGGUUUAAACCAAGCCAAUGCUUCCUAUCCGAGCAGGGAUCCUGGACUAGCAAUCCCAUCCCUGGAAAGUGGUGCUGCUCCAGAAAGAGGUGAUGGGCCAGCUCUGAGCGACUGGUGCUGCAAUGUUUUAUUGAUGCUUUGCGAGAGUAAUUGCCGUUUGAGUUCAGUUCAUUUAAUAACGUAAUUGAGGGUUGUGAGUUACUAAACAGGUAGGAAGUGUAUUGAUUCUUUCCCCCCUCAGGCAAAUCUUGUUUUUCUACAGGUGAGGAACUGCGAUGAGAAUCUUCCCUUUAACUGAGAGUGGGGGGCUGGGAUAUGCAGAGUGAAGGCUCAGGAUAUUUUUCUUCUCCCCCACCCAAAAAACCCCCUGCUGUGCAGCAAGUGGGUCGAACAGACUUAAUGUGGGUGAGAUGAACGACUUAAUCAAGGAGAUGGGCGGCAGCAGAGGAAGAAAGACUUGCAGGGGGAACAGGCAUACAUGCAGAGGGCGUGUUGUUUGGAAAGCAGGGGCACAUUGGUGGCUGCAGCCAAAUGAUGCAGCUUUGACCGCUAAUAAACCCUCAUUUCCUUGAAACAGGCUCCUCCCUCGCUGUCGUCAUUAAAACAUGCUUGUUGACAACUGAAUAAACAACAAAUAGAAUUCCUUAAAGUUAACAGUAUUUUUGUUUUUUAUAAAAUGGCGUAUGAUGCGUUGUUUACUCCAGCUGCAUUUGGAUAGUCGCUAGGAGCGAAAAGGAACACUCUGUUUUUCAUUUCAGCAUUUGGGCUCCUGUGUGAAUGCAGUUGCCCUGAGCAAGGCUCCUUAACCUGCAGGCUGAGUUAGUGAGGUUUCAGAGGUCUCUGGGGCAAGGUUUCAGAAGAGAGGCUUGCUGGAGUUGGGCAUUUUAUUUUAUUUUAUUUUAUUGGAAUUGAUUCAUGGAGCUGGGUGUGGGUGUAGCUAUGUGUGCAAGGAGGCGGCCAUCUUAGGUGGCACCUACUUUUCCCCCCACCUGGGUUUUGGGGAUGGACCUGGUCAGUAGUGGUGGCCAAGGGGGGGCAGGUGGAGCAACCACGUUUCUGAAUGUUAUUCAUUUGGCAUUUUUUCCCUUUCUAAACAAAGCGCCUCUCUGUUAGGAUGGUUAAAGCAAGCCUGGAGAUGUGUGAGCAAGAAAAAGGAAGUCUCAGUCCCUGGGUUCCCAUUGCCAAUGUAAAUUCUUCCAGUUGCUCUUUCCUUCUCUUUUGUUGCACAGAAUGACACUCAGGUUUUUACUGGGGCUGUGGCCAAUGCGGCUCCAGCACUUCUUAGAACACCCAUCUGCUGGUACUUCUCCUGCGACCCUCUGUUUGGUCUCCAGGACAGCAAAUUCAGAAACCUGCUUGCUAUGCACCGUACACACACACACACUACACACCCUGCACCAUCUCUCAGCUCUGCAUUGCCAGUUAGCAUUUCUCUGGCUUAGCGUCUCUCCUUCGGCCUCCUUGGCUGCGAGAUGUUCAUGCCGGUGCUCUUGCUGUGGGACGUGAUGGCGGCCCGGCGUCUGCUGGUGACAAACUGGGCCAGCGCAUCCUCUGUGUCCCCAAAAGGAUGUUGCAGAGAAGGGAACACGGAGUCUCUCCCCACAGGUUCUCCGAGUCAGAUUGCAGCCGGUUGCCAAGCCCAAAAUUAGUCUGGAGCAGAUUGCUACUUCCCCUGAUGGGAGUCUUUGGCAUUCUGGUCUUCUCUGGGAAGAUGCUGCAUGUUUGGCCUCUGGGAAGGGCUGGGAGCGUCACCACUGUGAAGUCACAAGGGCUCAGGGUGACACAACUGAGCAAAGGUGCUUUUGCCUUAUGCUGGAGGACUUUGAAUAAAAGGUUUGUUCUCCUGGUAGAACAAAAACCCGCUUUCAGUUAUGAGUCCGCUGUCUUUGCUUUUGCUGCACAAAUAUAUUUUCUUCUCUCUCUCUCUGCUUGUCUACAAAGACCCACAGUCUUCCCAAAUGUCACCAUCCAGCCUGUGUCCACCCACGGAGCAGGGCUGCUGCACAUGGCCUUGUUUUUGCACAUGGUGACAUGGCCUCUGGGCGGUCGCCUAACUGAUAGGACCAGUUAGAUUCCCACUUCAAGGAAUGCCCUGCCCGUCCCAUGCCAAGGCCUCCCAAAGCUCUCCUUCCUUCCUCCAGCCCCUCCGAAGCAGGAGGAAUGAUCCACAGUGCACUGCUACCUGCCCUCCGUGGUCCAUAUCUUGCUUUGUAAAAUAGGUCGCCAUGAAUAUUUCACGCAGCUUGAUAAAGAAUUCAUGCAGUAAUUCAGCAGGGGGCUGGCUUGGAUGGAGCAAUUAGUUGCUUUCCUGUUGUGGGGAGGGGUGGGGGGCACACGGCACCUGGCUGAGUCACCAGUCCCUGCUAGGAGCUCCACCCCCACCCAACCCUGCCUGCUGACCUGAGAAUCCUUCCUGAGAUUCCAAGUUUUGCUUCUGUGCAGAGUCCCACAAACGCAACACACAACCCUACCAGCAAAGGGAGCUCUCGGCCCUCUGCAGCCUGUGAGAAUAGGGAGCCCUCAUGGCCUAGCCUAGACCGAAUCCCAGAGACCAGCGGAACGGGGGUGGCAGUUUGCCUUUCCUGCCCUCAAGAAUGGCAGCCAGCCAGACCAGACCAGCUGUCUUUAGUUCUGGCACCCACAGAGGAAGGUGCUCUGUUGUGAAGUGGAGGGGGGGCGGCAGCGGAGACCUGGACCAUACUCAUGCACGACUGACACUAUGUCUUAAUUCUCUCGGAGCAAGAUGGGGACAGGGAAGUGGCUUUUUGUUUCAUUAAAAAAAAAAAUCAGUGUUUCAAAAUAGUCAUAAAUAUACAGUGGUGCCCCGCAAGACGAAUGCCUCGCAAGACGAAAAACUCGCUAGACGAAAGGGUUUUGUGGUUUUUUAGCUGCUUCGCAAGACAAAUUUCCCUAUGGGCUCGCUUCACAAGACGAAAAUGUCUUGCGUUUUUUGCAAGUUUGUUUCCUUUUUCUUAACACCGUUAAUACAGUUGCGACUUGACUUUGAGGAGCAACUCAUAGAACGCGGUGUGGUAGCCUUUUUUGAGGUUUUUGGUGAUUUUUGAAGCUUUUCCAAAACUUUUCCGACACCGUGCUUCGCAAGACGAAAAAUUCGCUAGACGAAAAAACUCGCGGAACGAAUUAAUUUCGUCUUGCGAGGCACCACUGUAGUUUGCAAAAUAUUAAAGGCACUUAUUUUAAAAGAUAUAUAUUACAAAAUUAUGCAAUAAGCAACGGACAGGUCAGGAUGGGGAGGGAAUCGGUAUCAAUUCGGAGCUUAUUUGUACAUUUCUUAACAGUAACAUGAGCAUAUAGGGAGAAGGAAAGUUGUGGCCUAUAUUUUCUUAAAGCAACCAUAGACUUCUGAAUGCUGGAUGCAGGUUCAAAUUGUGCAAACCAUCCUUUACAUGCUUAAUAAAAAAAGCAUGCCAUAUUGCAGAGAAUUCAUUAGUUUUAUUUUGCCCUCUUGCUACUUUUAAUUUGCAAGUAAGUUUUUCCAACGGCACCAUCUCACCCACUUUGUUGUACUAUGCCAAGAGGGCAGCCCCAUUUAAGUCUUUCCAGUGCCUGGCAAGAAUAGCCCUGGUGGCCAAUAAUAAAUGCAACACCAUCUCUCUGCAGUGUGUGGGGACAUUUCCAGUUUCAAAUAGAUUUAGGAGUGCUAUCUGCAGGGAGGCAACGAUCUCACGGUCAACAAUUUUACCUAUUUCUUGAAAAAUUGAGUUCCAGAAGAGCUGUACUUUGGCACAGGACCACCACACAUGUAUAUACGUGUAGUAGUUUCUUGGCAACCACUCCAGCAUCUUGGCAAGGAAGAAGGAGCUGCAUAAGCCAGUCUGCGAGUGGUAAAGACCACCUAUGGAUUAUUUCCAGUGUCAGGUCUCUAUUUCUUGCUGAGAUGUGUGUUGUUUAUGGGAGCGGAGGGAUUAUUGCCGUUGGUUUCUCGCAUCGCAUCUUUAUUUUAGAUUUUGUAGCGAUUUACAGUGGUACCUUGAGUUACAAACGCCUCAGGUUACAAACACUUUAGGUUACAAACUCCGCUAACCUGGAAGAGUUACCUCGAGUUGAGAACUUUGCCCCAGGAUGAGAACGGAAAUUGUGUCCCGGUGGUGCAGCGGCAGCAAGAGGCCCCAUUCGUGAAAGCACGCCUCUAGUUAAGAACAGUUUCAGGUUAAUAACGGACCUCCGGAACGAAUUAAGUUCAUAACUAGAGGUACCACUGUAUGUGGCAAUUGUUCGGUUUGGUUUUGUAUUUUUAAAAAAUGUUUCCUUUAUUGUUUAUGACCACUUUUGUCAUAGGUUUCUAUUGUUUUCAUGUCGUAAGCUACGUUUUAAUCUCCAAGUAUGUGCGUUGGUGCUGAGAGCCCAUUGGCCUCCUCUCUGCCCUCCUUUCAAUGACUGUAGAAGGAGACAAGCGUGCUCCGCUCCCCCAUUUGCCCUUUGGAAGCAGUGGAGUUUGACCCCACAUGGCUGACAAGGGGACAAGAGCCAGAGCAGGUGCUCAAGGAGCUGUAAAUUUGAUGGGUGAGAGCAGGCUGCUGGCUUUGGGCUGGUCAGCGAGCUGCCUUUGCCAGCACAAAAGGCCAAGCCAUAUAGCUCUGCUCUACUCAUUUAGCAGGCUGUUCCCAACUCCAUCCCGUGUGUUUUCUUUGUCCUGUUGGGAGCGCUGCUCUCAGGGAUGCUGACCAGGGUGUCUUCCUGGACUUUGCCUCCUCCCUCUGGCUGCCUUUGUGCUAGGAACGUGAGUGUUUGCGGUGCAGCAGGAGGGUUGCCUCCUGCAGCCAGAGGCAGGUGGAUCUGCUGAGCUCCCUGUCCGCAUCAUCUUCUGAACUGAGGCUCAUCCAUCUUGGUUUGGCUUGGUGAAGGCUGAGCAGGGAACCCUCAGUUGACUCAGACAAACAUACUUUUACGGCCCCAGGAGUCAGAUGGGGCUCCACCUGCCACCUCUUCCUCCCUUGCCAUGGUUCUGAUUUGGGGCUUUCUCUGCGGGUUAAGCCACAGAGCCUAGGACUUGCCGAUCAGAAGGUCGGUGGUUCGAAUCCCCGCGACGGUGUGAGCUCCCGUUGCUCGGUCCCUGCUCCUGUCAAUCUAUCAGUUCGAUAGCACGUCAAAGUGCAAGUAGAUGAAUAGGUACCGCUCCGGUGGGAAGGUAAACGGCGUUUCCGUGCGCUGCUCUGGUUUGCCAGAAGCGGCUUAGUCAUGCUGGCCACAUGACCCGGAAGCUGUAUGCUGGCUCCCUCGGCCAAUAAAGUGAGAUGAGCGCCGCAACCCCAGAGUCGGCCAUGACUGGACCUAGUGGUCAGGGGUCCCUUUACCUUUACUGCCAUUGUCAUAUGAAGAUGCCAAACUGACCAUGUGAAGCUGGCAGCAUCAACCGCCCUGCCUGCUUAAGCCAGCAAAUGCUUGGGGGGACGGGGUGGAGGGUGGUCUUCCAAUAAAGUUUGGAGUGGUGGGAUUGAGCUGGAAAAGCAUGCAUGGGCCCUUUUUAAUUAGAUGCGCUAUUUGAAGUUGCCUUAGGAUGCCUCAUGCUCUAGAUGGGAUGGCAAAGAGCUUAUUGAGUAAUGGAACCAUAGGCUUUGAAGGGACCCCAAGGGUAACCAACCCAGGCCCCACCAAUAUGGGAAUCUCAGCUGAAGAAUCCUUGAGAGGCAGCCAUCCGACCAGGCCUAGCUUAGCUGAACCUCCCAGUGAUGUUGCAUCGUAAGGAGAAAUGUCCUGCUGAUAUUUUGUUUUCUAGCUGGCCUGGGUAAGGUGAAUGGGGUGGGAGUUUAAAAGCCUCCCCCCAGCCCAGGAGCUGGCGGAGGCACAGAGGCUGUUCUGCCUGCUCUUCCUCCUUGUUAUGUACUAAGCCUGGAUCCUAGAACAAUAGGCAGGUAGGAUCCUAGAAUGCAACAACUGAUUUGCUUGCAGGAGAAGACCAAUCAGGCUCCAGGAGGAAGUUAAUCAGCCUAUUAGGCUGGUAGGAUUAUAGAUUACAACAACUGAUUGGCCUGCAGAAGACCAAUCAGGCUCCAGGAGGGAAGCAGAAUCAGCCAAUCAGACGGGACUCACUUUGUAAACAAUGUAUAUAAGGGCCUGAGGUUUAGGGGGGAAACUCAAUCACUGUUUUAGCAGCUGCAAUAAAGAGUAUGAAAUCACUGCUAUGUUGACUGGUGCCUGUGCAACUGACCCCCUUCCCAAUUCCUCUUGCAGGAAGGUGACUCUCUGGGAACCAUGGAGAAGCUCUGCAGGCAGCUGACUUACCACCUGAGUCCCCACUCUCAGUGGCGACGCCAGGGCAUUGUGAAGAGGAAGCCGCAGGCCUGGUGAGUGAGGCUGGGGGGGGGGACGGGACUGGUAGAGGGGCGUUCGUGGGGGAGCUGAGGGUGGGACGGGCGGGCUUGGGGCAGAGGUGGAGCCACCAGCAGUGCAAAGGAACCUCCAUCCCAAGUCACUGCAAAAUGACUUGUGCCUCCUCCUGACCACAGAGUUGGAAGGACCCUAAGGGUCACAUCUAGUCCAACCCCCCUGCAAUGCAGGAAUCUUUUGCCCAUUGUGGGGCUCGAACCCUGAGAUGAAAAGUCUCCUGCUCUACCAGCAGAGCUGUCCCAGUCAUUUAACGUCUGUCUGUUCAGCCAAGGAAGAAAAAAAGACAGGAAAUCUCGCCUUCAGUGGGUGGCAGCAUUUGGUGAGAAGACUCUGGGCUCUGUGAGCUAAUGAACUCUGUCUUCUGGCCUUUUCUGUGAUGUUGGAGCACAUGGGGUGAGCCAGGCCCUCCUUGGAGGCACUGUCUGUCCCCUGCGUGCCUUGAAUGGUAAAAUGGCAAAAUGUCAGGAGGGCUGUUGGAUCGGGGCUGGUACUUGGAAAGCAGAUGAGGCUGGUGGAGUGCCCAGUUCAGCUGCCCAACUAGCGCUUUCUGUGGGCUGCCACCCUCACACUGUGGUCCUUUUCUCUCUUCUCCAUUCUCACCGAAGCCUCUUUUCCUGCUGUCUCCUGCCCUGCCCUCUCCAGGCUAGGAGUUUCCUGCUGGGGGCUGCGACCAGCUGGUUGGGGCACCUUCAGACCCUUUAUGUCCCCCACCAAAACAGAAAAGAGGCUUGGAGUGGCUUUGAAGCAUGGCCUGAAUAAGCAAAUACUUCUUUUGUAUGCCCAGCAAAGCCUGGUCUGUCUAGGAUAUGAUGGGGGCGGGUGGGAGGGGACAUGGCCUGCAGCCCACCCCCUGCGCUGAUGUCCACUUAAGUCGGAUAUAAUCCUGGUUACUCUUGAUGUGGCCGUGAGGACCCUUUGGGAAGACAAGAGACCCGAGGAACUCUCUGAAGCAUAAAUUAAAGGAUUUGGUUGGAUGUUUCUAAUUACCAGCCCCAUUUUUAAUUAGCAGUUUGCUCAGUGUGUGUGUUCCUGACUUCUAACAGACUUGAUUGCAUUAUUUCCUGUCAAGAGAUGCAAGUCGGUAGCUGGAGUGCAAAAGGCCUAUUCUGGGGCAGAGAAAACCUCUCAGGCAGCGCCGUCUCUCUGGGACCAGUUUGUGUGUGCAAAGGCCAUUGUGGGUGGGAGGGGGGUUUUGUUGCAGGGGAGGAGGGAACGUGGAGGCCAGCAGGCCCCAGGGAGAGCUCUACCUUUGCAACCCACUUGGGGCUUUGGACAGGGAUGGCAGAACCCUUCCACAUAAAUUCCUAGCAGUGGCAUUUUUGCGUCUUGAGUCUGUGGCUUGGUGGGGCUGGCCCUGAAGCCAGAGGAGCCUUCUCAGGCCAGCACAGGGUUUGAUUUGGGCAGAAGCCAUAUAAGCCAAGUUCGUGCCCCCAAGUGAUCUGCGUACGAAUGAUUCCUUUUGGCAGAAGUGGGGCUUUUCUUAUCAGAUAGAUCUGAGAAUGGGAGAAGACAUUCCAGGGGGUAGGUAAAAGUACUUUGGGGCAGGAAAAUAUAAAAGAACAAGCCUUCUCCACUUAGGGUGGCCUUUCCCCAUCUCGUGCCCUCCAGACGUUGGCAGCCAGCAGUUUUCUUGAGGCUGUGGAACUCUGUGCCACAAGGCAACUGCUAUGGCGAACUAUUUAGCAGUUUCGAAAGAUGGAUUAGAUAGCAGGCCGAAAGUGAUUUUGCUAGUUGCCAGCUGAUUAUGCUGUCCCUUAGGACUGGCUCUGCCCCUGCACCACCACCCAUUUUCAGCUGCCUCAAGUAGGCCCAAUGGGUUGGAAACUUCAAGGAAAACCUUCUCUAAUGCUAUAGAUUUUGUCUGGCCUGAAACAAAACUUCACAUUACAGUGUGUCACUGAGCAAAACCUUGUCUUUAGAAGAAUUGUCAAUCCUUCGAAAACAGAAUAUUUCAUAGGGAGCUGUUGUUUUUCAGCCGUUUCCAACAUUCCCAGUCUUCCUGUUGGAAAAAUUGUUAAAAUAGGAAGAAACUGAGGGUGCAGAGCUCCUGGCAUUUUCCCAUCCCCUCUCCCCCCUCCGCCCCCACUUCCCAUCUCUGCCUCUUAAGACAGACCAAGUCAUCUUUCCCAGAAGUAACUGUGGGCCCCUUCCUCCCCCAACACCUCACCAAUUAGCAGCUAGGGCUGGCAGGGGCGGGAUUUGGGGAAUAUUGGGGGGCAAAGAUUUAAGCAGACAAAAUGGUACAGAUAGAAAUGCCCGGUUUUUAAAACAAAAGAGAUGUUGCAUUCCACAUUUUGUGGAAUAGAGUCAGGUGGGCAAAGGCGGCUGUCAGAAGCUGCCAAGAAAAACAGAGAACCUCCACCUUUCCAAAUGUAAUUACGAGCCAACGAGGAUGACGAUACUAUUACAGUGGCACCUCGGGUUACAUACGCUUCAGGUUACAGACUCCGCUAACCCAGAAAUAUUACCUCGGGUUAAGAACUUUGCUUCAGGAUGAGAACAGAAAUUGUGCUCCAGCGGCACAGCGGCAGCAAGAGGCCUGCUGGUUAAGAACAGACCUCCGAAACGAAUUAAGUUAUUAACCCGCGGUACCACUGUAUUAUUAAAAGAUGAAUAGUGGUUGAGCCCCUGUCUUUCCUUGCUGGGAGGAGAAGGGAGCCUUUUGCUGCCACCAGGAAUCCUUCUGCGUUCCCAGCAAGAAUGGUCUCUGGAGGCUGAGCAGAUUUGGCUGACCUAAGUGAGUGACCUCCUUUGCUCUCUCUUUUCUGCAAGCACAACACACACACACACACACACACACACACACACACACACACACACAGAGCUCAAAGAGUUUGCAAAGCAAAGCAAAUGAGCUCAGCUCUGGUUAGGGAUGUUCCCAUUUCUGUAGGGUCUGGCCUGGCUCCAUGGGAGCUUCCUCCUAUCUCUUCCAGCCCCCACUUUCUCUGCUGCGCCAAUCCCUUCCUGCCAUUGCAGAGGCCUCGCUGGGCAUGCAGAUAAGCUGGAGCAUGUAAAGGAGGAGGAAGAGGAGGCCUGGCGCAGUAGGGCUGUUAUUGUCUCUCUUGUGUGGAGGGAUUCCCCCCACCCCCUCCAGGGUUGGCUUCAUAAGCACCUGGAGACCCGUAAAUCUUGCAGAAAGAACAGUGCAGAGUUAAGAGCGGCUGUGCCAGCCUCUCCGUGCAAAAUGUGGCUGGCUUUGGCUGUUUGUUGCUUCUCUGUGCUGACGUUGCUGAUUGAUAAAAAAUAUUUGUAUGCUGCCCACUCACACAGGAUAUCAAGGUGCCUUAAAAUAUGAUGUACAAAUACAAUAAAGCAAGUUUCCUAUCCACCCCCCCCCCAAGUGCCUGACAAUUUCUCAGGGCCUUGGGGGGGCACGUAAUGGUUUUUCUGCCUGCUGUAGUGCUUGCAAUACACGGUGCUAUAUUACAUUUAAGCGUAUUGUUAUUGCCUAUUUUAUUUUGUACCUACUGUGCACUGCUCAUAAAGGCUGGGCUUCCCCUCCCUCUGACAGGGGAAAUGCGGACUGAAGCCUCUUGUGAGCUCAGGAGCCAGAGGAGAGAGUGAGCUUGCAGGUUGUAGGAUGUGCCUAGGUGGAGAUGCUCUGUUGCUGGGUAAAGUAAGACAGGGAUAGGUAGGGGUUCUUUCCUGGCUUCCUUACUCCCACCCCCGCUAAAAGAAAAAAACCAUCUCACCCUGAGUGAUCCUGGCUGGGCACCAGCCUUCCUUCUAAUCUUUGUUCAGAUUAAUUGGAGAUUAAUUUCUGUUUGGCUUCAUCUGCCAACCUGCUGUCAGAGAAAUUGGAAACACUUUGAAGUUUCCCUCCAGGGGGAAAUCCCUGCUGAUCUUGGAGGGGCAAGAAGAUGCCUCCUGCCUCCCUGUGUUCUUGUCUUCAGGCAGAAUGUUAAUUUAUUUAGGAGUUAUUUCUUUAACGGAGAGCCUCUUUUUCAUCGUGACACACAGUGACCUGGAUCCCCUCCGCUUCCCCUUUGUGAUUUUCAUCCUACGAAUUGAAGUGGGUUUUGUAGCAGCAGAUGAUGUGAUUAAGCCAUGAACCCUCUUGGAAAGAACUAUUUUGUGGGGUUAUUAUUGAAGGCAGCAAAAGAGAGAGAAUAAAAAUGUAUGCUUUUUGUUGCGUUGUUAAAAUUUAAUACUCUGCCCUUGUCUUUUAGAUAAUUCUGGUUAAAAUUUCAGAAGAAAAUACUUGCAUCUCUACAUAGAUUACUCUUAGCUGUUAAUGGCCCUUGACCCCUUUGCAUGUGGCCCCUGAAGCCCCUUGCAGCUACCCUAUUAUCCUACUCCAUUAGAGUCCUUCCUUCCUUCUCCUUUUUCCUGGCUUUUAAGUACCCUCACCCUACUUUUUAUAUAGUUUCAGAACAAUUGGAAGCAGAAAUAUUUUAUUUGAUAAAAAGUAAAACAUUUACCAAAAAAAUAAACACACUUUUUUACUGGUUGCGUGACUCUGGCGGGAGGAGACAUUUCCCCCUCAGCUGCCUCUAACAAACUGGUAGGCUCUGUCUGUGUAUCAUGCUAAAGUCAGAAAGGAAAUACUUGCAUUUACUUCCCAGAGCAACGUCUGCAUUUUAAUGCCCCAGGCAGAGGCUGCAGGUAGUGAACCACAAGGGCUGCACAAGAGGAAAAGGGUCUGUUCCCAGCAGCUGCCGCCUUGAUAUCUACCCUCUGCUCACAAGGCCCUUGAAAAGUCUUCGACACCUGCACCUGCAAGUCUUCCCGCCACCCAAAAUGAGAGAGGGUUCUUGUCCCAUCUGCCACUGUUUUCUGGCAGUUUGUUUUUACGUGUAGACGUAACUACAGCCAGCCUGUGGAGCCAGCAAGGCAGCGGAUUCCAUUUUGUAAGGAAGGAAUGUGCAACGGGAUUGUUUACGGAGCAGUUCUCUCUCUCUCUCUAAAUGCAGUAAUUUGCAGUUUCGAUGCAACGCAGGCUGGCCGGGCCUGCGAUGGGAGGCAGGCGAGCUCCCAGGUGGGUGGAAUCGCUCCUCUGGAAAAAGCAGAGACAGCACUUGUCUCUCGCAGGAGUUGCCUCCGUCCUCUGUUUCUCGGUGGUGGGGAACAACUUUAGGAUGUACAUUUGACAAGCCCGUCUUCCCCACGUGGGCGAACGUUUUACAGGGUGACUCUUCCAAGGGAGCCCCCUCCUCUUCCCUGCUUUUUGCCAAAAUUGAACCGUUCUGGGUAGCAGCUGGACUGGAACGGCUCCUGGGGUCUUGAGCGGGGCUCCAGAUCCUGCGGACAUCUUGAGCCUCAUUCUUAAGUUGUGUUCUCAGCCACCGAGCACCAGGGGGUGGCCUUCCCCCCUAUCCCAGCCUCCGUGGCAAACUCCUUCACCUCCUGCUGCUUCCUCGGCUGUGUCCCUCCAGGCUGCAGCUCCCAGCCAGCUGCUGCCUUCGCUUUAGCGGCACAAACGGCACUUGUCACUUCAGAUUCUCUGCUGCCCUUUCUGGCAAGGCUGACUCCUGGCCAGCCAGCGGGAAGGUCAGAGCAGGCAGGCAAGCAUCUGAAUUGGCUUCCCUUCCUUGCUGUUUAGCAUCACAGGGGACAAAUUAUUUACAUCUUAAAACGGAUGCUUCUCUCAAGUUCACCAGAAGGGCUCCGCACCCGGCAGGAGAACCCUCUCCUGGCUGCAGCUGCCCCCCUCAGUCGGGGUGGCGUGGGGGACAUGGACUGACUGGGGUUGCAGCAGGAGCAGGCAGGAAUACCCCUCCCUUGUAGGGCUUGGCUCUGGCACAGACCCUCUCUGGUUCUCUGUGUGGCCAACUCUUCAUUUGAGGGUCUUCCAUUCAGAGAGAGAAAAGCCACCACGAUGCCCGAUAUUCUGUUUUAUUCCCUCCCCCACGAAUCUCAGACGGACAGUAGCUCAGUCGGGAGCAGAAGGGCUGGGCUGGUUGGGAGAGACACCGGAUUAAAAAACAACAAACCAGCGACGCAUGUGCCUCUGAGCAAGAGCAGAGGGCCCCGUGGCGCAAGGUGACAGCGUACAGGGUAUACAGCUGCCCGCCACCUUGCUUUUCAGCAGUGCUGCGUCGUACAAUUGGAUUAGGGGCAGGAGGAGUCAGCCCAGCAGCGACUGGUGAAGUCUGGCUAUGCCUGUGCUUCUGCCCCCCUCACUUGGUUCAGGGAGCGAUGUGACUUGUUCUGCUUUUGAGUGGUCAAAGCGUGGCUGGAUGCUCUCCAGGCGCCACUAUGGCUGUGACUCCGCAUCAUUGCUGAGGCCACUGACUUCAGCGCCCCGCCCCCUGCAUCUGAGGCCCCAGAAGGAAGCUUCUUGAGGCGCCUGUGUGGGCUGCUGACAACAGUGCAUCUGGGCUGCCUUCUGCUCCAGCCACGAGCCGUGUGAUGAAUGCCUUGCUUUUGGCCAGCUUCCGCCUGCGGGUCUGUGCCUGCCUGCUCUUGUGUUCAGAAGGGUCCUCGUGUGAGUCAGCGAGCCCUUUCCCCCAAGCAGGGAAGGCGGGUGCUCAGUGGCCACCCACAGGUGGCUCUGCAGGGUGAGGAAGAGCAGCUGGCCCUGGCAGCCGACUCUGAGCUUGGCAGAGACUCUCCACUGCAACGUCAGGCUCUGCAGAAUGGUGGGGUAAGGCGGUGCCUACAAAGCCAGAGGAAGGGAUUUCAUAGGCAGCAGAUUUGCACCUCGAAAGCAUCUGGCAGCCACAACCUCUGCAGCUCUUUUGCUGGACAGCAGAUUACAUUUGAGGGGGAGAUGCUACCACUGCCUGAGCCGCUUAGCAUGUUCUUGAGGAGCAUUAUAGAGUUGAGGGGCUCCCAGGUUCUUUGUCCUGUGGGGUAGAUUCCCCCCCAACUUAAAAAAUAAAAUGUGUUUCUGUAGGAUUGAAUCCUAGUUGACAGGGAUCCUAAGGGUUAUCUAGUCAAGGAUUAACUAUUUUAUUUGGUCAAGGGUUAACUAAUUCCCCCCCUAGAAAAAUAGCACUGUCUGUGCCUUUUAUCCAAACAUAUAUGGAAGUUGAGAUGAACCUGUUUUCUCUCCCUCUCUGUCACUUGCUGACCUUACAGGACAGCUUGCUCACCUAAAAAUGUAGGUGGACUGCUUUAGCCAUUUGGGGAACCCUGGGCUGAAUUCUGAGCAAACAUGGGAAUUUCGUAGCCACGAUCAAAACUGAUGGCUGCUUGAGCCUCUCUUAUACCUGGCCCUGAAAUGUCUGCCUGGUUUCUUUCCGUUUCCUCCUUUUUGUGUCCUUAACGGGAGGUUCUCCAUGGUGCCUCCACCUUCCAGCAGUGUGGGUUAGGGACUGGGCAGAGACAAUUCACGAAGCCCCUCUUCCUCUUCUCUUGCAGCUUGAAAAUGAUCCUGGUGGGGAAUCCCCGGGACAACACCGUCGACCUGUCGGGCAUCCCCCUGACCCUGAAGGAGCUGGACCGGGUCAUCCCCUACCUCCAGCAGACCUCGGAGUACAUCGAGAACGUGGAGCUUUGCUUCACGGACCUGACGGACGAGGUGUUCCUGCAGCUGCUGCCCGUCCUGAGUGCCCUGCCCCACCUCUCCACCCUCUCCCUCAACGGCAACAGGCUGACCAAGGCUAUCCUGCGGGACCUGACAGAGGCGCUGAAGGACCCCAGGAACUUCCCCAGCAUGACGUGGAUCGACCUGGGCAACAACGUCGACAUCUUUUCCCUGCCGCAGCCCUUCCUGGUCAGCCUCAAGAAACGCUGCCCCACCCAGGGGAACCUCCCCACCAUCCUGGAGUUCGGGGAGGGCCAGGUGAGUGACUUGGAGAGUCAGGAGGGUCUGCCUUCCGUGGAUGAGGACGCAAGUGGCGGUGGCGGCAGCAGCAGCGUGGGCACUGCCAGUCCCGGAGAGCUGCAGACAGGCGAGGCGAUUGAGGUCAGACUGCUGGAGAGUCAGGUGGCGGACGAGGAGGCGGAUCCCCUGGGGCUGCUUCAGACAUGAGGUGCAGGCACCUCUCACUUGGCCAGAAUGCUCUCGGCAGACACCCACCCAUUUCCCACCCCGAUGACAGCAGCAUCAGCAGCAAGGAUCUUGGCCCCAGACUCCACGGAUACUGAGGAGGGUCCUCUUGUGAGGAUAAUAAACGAGAGGACAGAAAGAAGUGGGGUUGGGGAGGCAGGCUGCACCCUUCAGCACAUUAGUGAUGCUCUCAGCCCUUCAACUCCCAAGAUCUUGUGACGAACGCAGAGGGGAGAUCUCUAGUGCUGCAGCCUCUUUAGUUCCAGAGAACGAAAGACAGACUGAGAAGGCAACACCACUACUGAGCCAGUCUUUGUCCGGUGUAGGUUCCCAGUUAUGCAGAACUCUUCACCAGGACUUUCACGUUUGCUCAUUUUCUGUUCCUUAUAGUGGUUGCAGAUUGAUUGCUUUUUUAAAAAAAGUUCCCAAGUAUUUCUGUGGUAGAAGUUUCAGGAAAGGAUUUUCAUCCUUGCAUCAAUGGCAGGGGGCCAGUUAUCCCACAGAACUGAGGGAAAUGCUGAUUUUUCAAAUGUUAGGAGUGCAUAUCAUCAGCCUGAUCCAGAAGAACUGGGAAAUUGCCUUUCUCUCCCCAUUCCCACAUGCAGCAGGGGAACAGACACUGUUCACUAGCACCAACAAUGCAAGAAAUAAGUGGAUUUUGCCUCUCCCCUCCCCUGCCGCUGAGUCUCACAAUUUAACAUGCUGAGUUUCAGUGCAAUGAAGGCAGGUGCAAAAGCUGCAGCCCUAAGCCUCAGAUUCUAGGUCGGUUGAUCCAGCAAAGCAGGAAAAGCCAAACUCCCUUUGCUUCACUCUCCCCUCCAAAGCUGCUGGGGCUUAAGUGUGGCCUGCUUUGCUUCAGGGGUCACCAACAUGUGGCUUCUGGUGACAAUACCAGAGGGAAUCAAGCCAAUGCUUCCAGAUGUUCAUGUCGCAAUUGUGGUGUGAAAUAGCUGUCGUGUGUCAACAGUCUCUCCGUGUGGUGUCUUCGGUUCUUUUGGAUUUCCCAUCACUGUGACAGAGGAGGAGACCGUAGAGGGGAGUUACUAGUUUACAAAACACAGCCCUGGGGCCUCCACUAGUGGACCGUUUGCCAGCUAAGGCCUUGCUGAACUUCAGCUCCAUGCGAGCAUAUUAGCUCUUGUCGUUUUCCAGCCUGCCUGUGGACAUGGUAAGCCACCACUUCCCACUCCACCCACCCAGGAUUAAGUCAGUAACCCCAUAUGCAUUAAGUGCUUUAAUUUGGGUAAACACCCAAUUUGAAACAGACCCUACACAACUGCCAGGAUCUUCAUAGAGGAAAGCCUGUUUCAGCUUCCAACACCUCUUAUCCACGGGGGAGGGACGGGGGACACUGGACCAGGCUUAUUUCAGCUGUUUUCCCCAUGGCACAAAUGCAACUCCACAUUUUCAGUUGACCGGAGUGCCCACUUUUACACUCCAGAGGGACCAACCUAACCCUGCCCCCACCCCCAUCGGUGGCUCCAAAUGUUGUCAUAGUUUGCAUGUAGCUGAAACUGUUUUUAUAUGCUUUGUCAAGCAGGCGUAACAAUAAAAGUAUUUUAUUUAAAUAGAA